CCUCCAAAAGUGCAGAGCCUCUGCUUCAAACUUGUGAAGGGAGCGACCACAAAGGAGGAGUUGAACAUGUUGAACACUGCAGCGCGGUGUGCAGAACGCCUGACACAAAAACACUUCUGAUAGUCAAAAACCUAAAGUUAGCGACUAACAGAAGAGACGAAGGUAUACACGGAGACACGGAGACAUUCGUUAGAGUGGUUAUUCGAGUGCGUAACGGUUAGAUAAGAUGAUGGAACUUGGGUGGAUUUGCACGUUAUUGAGCAACUUGGAGAGCACGCACCAACGAAAGAGUAACUAUAUCGUCUACAGGCCAACGAUUUGGGAGAUAACACUGAAGAAGAACUAACUAUUUCGUUCCACAUAGACAGUUACAAAAUAAUGUCGGGUAUGAAUAACGGCACGAUGACAAGUGGGCCCCGGGAGCCUACCAUCCCGGUGAUUAUGUUUAUAUUCGGAGUGGUGGGGAACGUCAUCGCCAUCGUGGUGCUCCGAAAGUCUCGGAAGGAACAGAAGGAAACCACCUUUUACACCCUGGUGUGCGGGCUUGCAGUGACCGACCUUUUGGGCACGCUACUGGCCAGCCCCGUCACCAUCGCCACCUAUGUGCAAGGGAAGUGGCCGGGUGGAGAGUCACUGUGUCAGUACUCCGGCUUCAUCCUUCUCUUCUUCUUUCUAGUCGGCCUCAGCAUUAUCUGUGCCAUGUCAAUAGAGAGAUACUUGGCUAUAAACCAUGCGUAUUUCUACAACCAUUGCGUGGACCAAAGACUUGCGGCGUUGACGCUUGCGGGCAUCUACAUUUCUAAUGUGCUGUUCUGCGCGCUGCCUGCCAUGGGACUGGGGAAAGUGAAUAAACAGUUCCCAGGGACCUGGUGCUUCAUCGACUGGCGGACUAAUGACUCCACGCACGCCGCCUUCUCCUACAUGUACGCCGGGGUGAGCUCCUUUCUUAUCCUGGCCACGGUAAUAUGCAACGUGCUGGUAUGCGGGGCGCUGAUUAUGAUGCACAAGCGGUUCAUCCGCAGAACAUCGCUGGGUACGGACCAGGGAGGACGCAUAGCGGACCUGAGGCGCAGACGGAGCUUCCAACGGUUGGCCGGCGCAGAGAUCCAGAUGGUCAUUCUGCUCAUCGCUACCUCCGUGGUUGUUCUCAUCUGCUCCAUACCUUUGGUGCUGCGGAUUUUUGUAAACCAGCUGUCCAAGAUUGAAUUUGACGCCCGUUCAACUCCCAUAGAGAAGAACCCAGAUCUCCACGCCAUCCGAAUUGCCUCCGUCAACCCCAUCCUCGACCCCUGGAUCUACAUCCUGCUGAGGAAGACCGUCCUACUGAAACUGGUGGAGAAGAUCAAGUGUUUGUUCUGUCGCUUGGGCAGCCAGGGGCGGGGCUCAGGGGUCAGUGGUCAAUUCUGCUGCGGAGGUGAAGGUCAUCGGAAUUCGUCCAUCGUCUCCCUGGACUCCCCGUCACUGGUGUCCCGCGAGUUGAAGGACGUCAUCAGCACCUCGCAGACGUUUCUUUACCUUCCAGAGGGGACUAAAGGGGGGCUGGGGGGGUUUAGAGGGACAGGGGGAGAGGGAAGACCUAGCCUCCCUGCUGUGGAGCACUCCCUGCUCCGGGACCAACAGACACCAGCGGGUAAGGGGAUGCAAAACGAUCCCAAAAAGGGCCCCAGGAUAUCAAUGAGGUCAGAGGGGACAGUUGACCCUUCACGUCUGAACAGGGUGCAAUUGGACCGAAAGGACAAGACUCUGCAUGUGACAUUUACAGACGAGACACUGAACUUACAGGAGAAAUGCAUCUGAUGGACACAAACACAAACUCAGCCAGAGUGGCUGAUAAUACAGAAAAGUCACAGAGGGAAGGGCAUUUAGGACUUCUAAUAGCCUAAAAGGUUGGGACUUCUGACGGGUUGAACUGAAAUACACGUUGAUAAACUGAACUCACAGGUGAAGGAUUUCUGGGAGCUGUGCAAACACACGGUUGGUUUUACUGACAGCUGACACGAUAAGAGGAGAAAUAGUAAUCGUUCUAUAGUGAUUGUGUUAUUCUUCGAACUUUGAGUUCAUUGGUGAUGCUCCAAAAUGGAAUGUCAGCCGAGCAGAAACAUGAUAUCCUGUUUAGGGUUUGGACAAAAUGGAAAUACGGUGCCAAAGUGGAUUGUAGGAGAUUGGAUCUAUUGACAUGGAUGGAUCUAUUGUAUAUGUCACAGUCUUAUUACAAGAAUACCAAUAUAAUAUACCAGCACACACAUCAGUAAUGAACAUAAAAUGUCAUAUGAACUUUUAUAAAGACUAUAAGGAGAUUUCAUUGCACUUUUCAAGAACUCAAAACCAUUGAAAGGCUGUCAGAAUGCUAUCAGUAUAGAAUGUUGCUUACCACUGACUACUACUACAAACGUUGUGAUAUACUGUAAAUAGUUAUUAGGCUAUAAUGUGAACUGUGUCCCAUAAAAUGAAUUAAUUUUUAAAUUAAAAAAUAAAUGUUUCUUCUCUGUGAGAAGGUCAAGUUAGUUUGUAUCCAUUUAAAAUUGUUACAAGAUGGAUUGAAACAGUAUGCUACAUUUCAACAUUUGCAUCAUAUUGGUUAACUUGACAGCUCCACAACAAUGCCUGAAGUAUAAAAAUCAAGCAAGAAUAUUGAGCGCAUAAUUCCGUGCAUUUCACUUGUACUGAGCUUGUAUGGUUGAAAUAACAACGAUUAUUUAAAUUGCUGUCUUUUGUUGUGUUCAAAUGACACAUCAGCUUCAUAUGUGUGCAUGUCCAUUGCUUUCCCCCCAAUUAAGUGAUAUCAGCGAACUGCAAAACUGGAUGAUUUGUUUUCAGCGUGGCUGAAGUACCCACUGGGCACCAGGGUCUUAGGCACAAGUAGGCCUUGAUGGGCCCAGGCCCAACUACUUGGGAGCCAGGCCUACCCAAUCAGAUUUAAUGCUCUACUUGUCAGUGUUCCAAACGGGACGUUGUUUGUCUUUUUACUUAAACACAGUACUUGAAUUGGGAAGAAGCUCACCGGAACUGAAUUGUCUUCUGCUUGAGUUACUGCACCACCUAUAGAAUAUUAGCUCAAACCUAUUGAGGAGUGCACCUAAAUAUGCAUACAUUAUCAGAUAGAAAUAAUAGCAAGCAGUAGGAAGGCAUAUACACUGAGUGUACAAACAUUAUGCUCUUUCCAUGACAUAGGUGAAUCCAGAUGAAUCCAGAUGAAAGCUACAGUAUAUUUUUAGUGGCCUCCCACUGGUCACAAACUGGUUGAAUCAACAUGGUUUCAAAAUCAUUUGUCAAUGUUUUGUAACGUGGAAUCUAUGUGGAAAGUACUUUGAAUUUGAUUUGAAAAAAGUAAUCUACGUAAACUGUUGUUUUGAGAGUGAAAAUUCAACAACAGGAUUAUGUCAUCCUGAUAACCACUUUUCAACAUAGCUAAACCUUGUAUAAAAUAUGUUGAAUUUGUACCUUUGAAACAACGUCAUGAAACAUGGUACAAACAUUUUA